GCUCCCCCCCCCCUCCCCUCGCUCAACGAUUACUCCUCCCUCCCCUCCCUCCCUCUAUCGACAACGCCCCACUUCCCCGGUUUAAUGUUCGACGAUGGUUCGAAAUGAUUGCCCUUUCCGGGAUUGUUACCACUGCCUUUUUCUCUAGACGGCCUACUUUGUCCGGCUCGUGAUAUUUGAUGAUGCUGUAUGUAUGUACUGUCUCGCACUGAAGUGGAUCGGCCUGGGACUAUCAUCAUGCUAUCCUACUAGAUCCGGUCAGAGUCGCUCUAUAUCCGCCACGAGUGUCCGUAGAUACCGAUGUUUGACACACCGGAAUAGGCAGCGAGUGAGUGACGUGAGAGAGACAUGGAAGGUUGAGACUCAAGGGUAUGUGGCGGAGAUGAGGAUGUUACUGGUAUCUUGUGAGGUUAAUAUGUGCGGUACAUUUAGUAACGAAUAUCGAUCUUGCACUUCGUGCCUUGGAACUGUAGAUGUGUCAUAUGUAUAUAGAUAUAUAUACUCGGAGACAUACCAUCGGCGAGCCGGGACGAAGCCACACCCCUUGAUUGGAGGUACGGCCCCUGUAUGCAGCACAUUGAUGAAACCACGCAGGCAGUGAAAUUCCUCAUCAAAAGGAGAGUACUAGGAAUGCUAUUUACUUGAGUACUUGAGAUGAGCCGCCACACGACGCUCCAUCGAAACAGGAACUGGUUUUUGAUUUGAUUUUACUAGAUAAGUAGUUGGUAGUGAGUACCUUACUUCGCCCUAUAUACAACAUCUAGAGACGAGGC